GUAAUUCAGGAGAUUUAGACGACUGCAAAGAUGGCGUGUGUAUGGUGUUAUGGAAUGGGAGAGAUCAUCAGAUGUCCUGUCCUUAUGUUUUGAUGAACGUUUAAAACUUCUGUUGACGUUAGCUAUUAAUAUUAGCUACGGUCAGAAUGGCCCAUGGAUACCUUCGCUUGUCAAGAGGUUGCAGGAAUCUUUUCAAAGUUCUGCUGCCUCCAAACGUAACAAGCAAUGCCCGACUGGUCUCAAGUUAUGCUGAUGCCCAAAUAGCAAUCGAAAGAGGGUCUAUACUUGCCAAGGUCUUAGGUGCCUAUCAAAGCAUUUGCUCCAAACCCCCCAAAGGUUUUGAAAAGUACUUUCCUGAAGCUAAGAAUGGUCCAAAGAGUAGCGAACCUAACACAUCCAGUGGAAAUACACCCAAAGAGGCUGAGCCAGUCAAUGGACAGAAAGACACAGAGAAAUCCGGUGGAGGAGGAGCUGGUGGGGGGGGAGGAGGUGCCUCAGGUGGAGGAGGAAAGAGAGGAGGCCGAAAGGAGGAAUCUACUUGGUAUAGCCGGCUUCAGAAGGGUGAUGUGCCAUGGGAUGACAAAGAUUUCCGUAUGUACUUCCUGGGUGGGACAGUCUUUUGGACAGUUGUCACAUACUACUUAUUUUUUCGUGAUGGGGGAAGAGAAGUUACUUGGAAAGACUUUGUCAAUAAUUACCUCUCAAAAGGAGUGGUGGAUCGGUUGGAGGUUGUAAAUAAGCGCUAUGUAAAAGUGGUGUUUUCUCCCGGGAAGACUCCUGUUGAUGGACAAUAUGUAUGGUUCAAUAUCGGCAGCGUAGAUACAUUUGAGCGUAAUCUGGAGACUUCACAGUAUGAGAUGGGAAUUGAGGGUGAGAAUCGCCUGCCAGUGGUCUACUCCACAGAGAGUGACGGCUCCUUCCUUCUGAGCAUGCUCCCAACCGUGCUCAUUAUUGGCUUCCUGCUCCUCAUGCUACGACGGGGGCCUGCUGGGCCGGGCAGACCGGGCCGAGGCAUGGGCGGUCUCUUUAGUGUCAGCGAGACCACUGCCAAGGUGAUCAAGGAUGAGAUCAACAUCAAAUUCAAAGAUGUGGCCGGCUGUGAGGAGGCCAAGAUGGAAAUCAUGGAGUUUGUGAACUUCUUGAAGAACCCCAAGCAGUACCAGGAUCUGGGUGCAAAAAUUCCAAAAGGUGCCAUUCUGACAGGACCACCUGGGACAGGGAAGACCCUCCUCGCUAAGGCCACUGCUGGAGAGGCCAACGUCCCUUUCAUCACCGUCAAUGGCUCAGAGUUCUUAGAGAUGUUUGUUGGCGUAGGCCCUGCCAGGGUCAGAGACCUGUUUGUCUUGGCCCGCAAAAAUGCGCCCUGUAUCCUCUUCAUUGAUGAAAUUGAUGCUGUGGGACGCAAGCGUGGAAGAGGGAACUUUGGAGGCCAGAGCGAGCAGGAGAACACACUGAACCAGCUGCUGGUGGAGAUGGAUGGGUUCAACACUGCAACCAAUGUGGUGGUAUUAGCUGGCACCAACCGACCUGAUAUUUUAGACCCUGCACUGAUGAGACCUGGACGCUUUGACAGGCAGAUUUACAUUGGUCCCCCUGACAUCAAGGGUAGAGCCUCAAUAUUUAAAGUGCAUCUGAGGCCCCUAAAACUGGAUCCGGAGAUGGACAAAGAGGCUCUGGCCAGAAAAAUGGCUGCCCUAACUCCUGGCUUCUCUGGUGCUGAUAUUGCUAAUGUGUGCAACGAAGCUGCUCUCAUUGCCGCUCGCCACCUGUCUGAAGCCAUCAAUCACCAGCAUUUCGAGCAGGCCAUUGAACGUGUGAUCGGAGGUCUUGAGAAGAAGACCCAGGUCUUACAGCCAGAAGAGAAGAAGACAGUGGCCUACCACGAGGCAGGCCACGCUGUGGCCGGGUGGUACCUGGAGCAUGCAGACCCUCUACUCAAGGUGUCUAUCAUUCCCAGAGGGAAAGGUUUAGGUUAUGCACAGUACCUGCCUAAGGAGCAGUACCUGUAUACCAAGGAGCAGCUGCUGGACAGGAUGUGUAUGACGCUGGGCGGGCGUGUGUCUGAGGAGAUCUUCUUUGGCCGCAUCACCACAGGGGCCCAGGACGAUCUGCGGAAGGUCACCCAAAGUGCCUAUGCUCAGAUUGUGCAGUUCGGCAUGAACGCAAAGGUAGGCCACCUGUCUUUUGACUUGCCCCGGCAGGGUGAGAUGGUCUUGGAGAAGCCAUACAGUGAAGCCACGGCGCGUCUGAUCGACUCGGAGGUGCGCUCGCUCAUCAACGAGGCCUACGAGCGCACGAUGCAGAUUCUGUCUGAGAAAAAGACAGACGUGGAGAAGGUGGCACUACGUCUGCUUGAUAAGGAGGUUCUGAACAAAGACGACAUGGUUGAGUUGCUGGGGCCUCGUCCAUUUGCCGAGAAAUCCACCUACGAGGAGUUUGUGGAGGGAACGGGGGGUAUGGAUGAAGACACUUCCCUCCCAGAGGGCCUCAAGGACUGGAACAGGGAGCGCGACAAAGACAAAGAGGAGAGCACAGAGGAGCAGGUGGCACGACAGAUCUCCGGAGGAAUGCCCUUCUAGACUUCCUGGACUCUUGGAGGGUUAUGGUGUGGCGAAAUGGAAAGCGGGAGACAUGGUAGAUUGAAUCAUCAGGCAGACCUCACCAUGGCCAGUCUUGAUGGUUUCCUCAGUGUUCUGGAUCUAUUUCAAGGAUGCUGAAUCAGGACGCUGAAUGUGACAACGUUAAAUGCCCGCCUCUUGUACCUGGGUUAUAUUGUCAAAAUAUUGCCCUGGGUGCUAUCAAGCGUCCUGGUGGAGAGGUCCUUAAACACCUAAUGAGAAAAAAAUAUAUAAAAUACAUCCAGUUUAGUAAUGGUACUUGUUAGGGUGCAGUGGGCAAGAGUGUUUUUUCUUUAUAAAGAUCUAUAAAUAAUGCAAAGGAUUUCUGACUAAGAAAGGAUGAUGUAGCUUGAUGACCUCGUUAAAAUGAAAACAACAUUGAAAUGAAAUCCACAGUUAUUUGUUUUAACUCCAUCAGUCUUAUCAAUAAACUGUUUAAAGUAUAUCAGGAAAUUUCAAUGUACAAAAUUGCUAAUCAGCUCAAAUGUAUUACAUUACUAUACAAAAAAGCGAUUUAACUGUAACACUCUUCUUCAGUGACUGCUUCUUGACAUGCAGGCUUGCUUGGGUAUCAAUAACAUAAAGUCAGUUAAGUCAGCACAACAAUAUACAAUAAUAAUAUAUUACAAUAGCUAAAUAAUAUUUUGGGACAAAAAAGUUGUUAUUUAUUCAUUUGCAAGAUUCUCUGAGAAAGAAAGCUUAUGUUUCUCAUUCACCUUAAGGUCAACCAUUGAUUUAAGUUAUGUUAUUUUAUUUUGGCGUGCUCUGUUCAAAUCUGUUUCCUCAAAGAUGGUUUUCCUACAGUGGGGGCAAGGGGCUAGAUGGUUAUGCUCUGACUGUUAUUCCAUUUAAGAACAGGUGACAAGCUAUAUCUGCACACUGCCAUCUUUUACAUUUGGGGUGUGUUUUACAAGAACACUUCCUCCUGAUAUUCUACUGCCUUCACUGUUAGCAGGGGCAGGCUUCCUUCUCUUCUGUUGGUUACAGUUGAUUUAGCUUGAUGUGUAAAUGCAGCCAUAAUUUUUUCCUGCUUGUUCAUUCACAUUCAUUUCCUACCACAAAAUAUUUGAAAAGAGACAAGGAAAGGAGAGUAUUGGGAGAAAAAAAACAAGCAAGCAAGGACACCAUAAAGAGAUGACACCCUCUCCCAUGACGCUCCAUUAUGGUCCAAUUCAAACAUUCAAAUUACGGAUCUGAAACAGGUAGGAUACUGUGUACAAAAUUAGAUAUGUGGCAUAUGAAAUUCAUAUGUACGGAUUCUCGCAACAUGUGGAUAGCACAAGGCGAGUGCCGAAGGUAGUCUUUUAAGUUGUAUUGCUGUCAGCUACUAAACAUGUAUAGGACAGUCAUUCCACUUGGCACUUGGCACAUCUUACCAGAACAAACUUCUCAUUGGCACAAAUAAAACAAAACAAACCAGGAAAAGGCCAUUUAAGAGGAAUUUAGAACUAAAUACAAAAUGUUUGUGAAAACAAUGUAGCGCACUGACUGAAAAAUUAAAUACAUUAAAUUGGUUGUCUCUAUCCACAUCUCAGUCCGUCUGUUAUAAAAAUGCUAAAUACUGUACAAUGCUGUACACAAAUUGCUGAUUAAUCCACUUAUUAAAGUAAUUUUGUUUAUACAAUCAGUAGGCUGCAUUGGUCAGAAAUAAUAUACUUUUGUGUAGAAAUAUCAUUUAAUGAUCUCCCCCCUUUACAUUAUUUUCCCUAUUGGUGGGAGAAAAGUGGUUGUUACUUGAUGGAUGAUAUGCUUGAGGUUGUGGGGUUGGAAAAAAAAUAUACAAUCAUAUCCUUCAUGGUACCAUUUCUUUCAUCCUGGGACAGCAGGUAACAUGAAUAUGCUUGAUGACAUGCAGCCUGAGGAAUGAGUCAGUUGCAAUUAAAACAGCCUAAUAGUUACAAAAACGUUAAUUUGUUACUGCCAAGACACAUGAAAUGAGUUAAUGAAAGGCUGCAGACUACCAAAACUAGUUCCAGUAUCAGAAUGCUUAAGCUGCUGGAGAAAUACUGUCAAUCAUGUAUUAUCCCUUAAAUUACUCAAAUUGUUGUUCACUAAUAUCAUUGGUAGAGCUUUAAGUGUGUGCUGUUCCACAGCUUAUCUGGAUAUCACUAAUAAUAAAAAUCAGUCUAAUGAUUGCUUUUCUGUAGCACCUUCGCUCUGUAGGACUUGUGAUGUAACGUGGAGUUUGUUCGGUUGUGAUAAUGAUCUAUUGGUUUUUAAACUUGAAAUAUAUUUCAAUCUAAACCAA